UGGCAUCAAUGGUGGUUUGAUAGAUGAAUCUACCUUGAAAUUAUUGGGCUACAGAAGGGACUAUCUCUUCCCAUUUUCUCUGUUAUUGCACAAUACUCGCUCUGUUGGUCGACAGGAAACCAUACAGCUUUUUAUCACUAUCAUGCUUUUGGCAGACCUCUUUGUCACUCUUCUCAUGCUGUUCUUGUUCUAUUGGAUAUCCCUUGGUGCUUUCCUAGCCGUGCUUCUUAUCCUUCCUCUGUCAUUGCUUUCAACCUUUCUAGCAGGCUUGAAUGCCUUAUUCAGUAAUGGGCCUCGAAGAGCUGCACUUGCUCGUAUUUAUGCUUUAUGGAAUGUUAGCUCCAUAUCGAACAUCGCUGUGGCAUUUUUAUGUGGUUUAAUUCACAACGGAAUUUCCUCCUCGAAGCAGCCUGGAGAGAUCAACAUUUGGAACUUGAUAAAGGAGGACGAGAGAUGGUGGCUUUUGCCCACCAUCCUACUACUUUUCAAGGCAGUUCAAGCUCGGUUUGUCGAUUGGCACAUAGCGAAUUUAGAAGUCAGAGAUUUUUCUCUCUUCAGUCCCGACCCUGAUACCUUUUGGGCCUACGAAUCUGUUUCUUGAUGCAAAACUGUUUGCCGGAGGAAGUUGACUGGAUUUUUCAGCAUCUGUGCAGUGAAUAGGGUAACACCAUGUACAUACAUCUCAGAGUACAUAUAUGUUCCCAUAUGUGCAUAGUUUAGAGAAAUUUAUGAUUGGGUGAAUAAUUUAAAGGCAGGUAGAUAGAUUACAAGUUUGGUGACUGAAGCUUACUAUAGAUUCUAAUCAUUCCAAUAAUGAAAUGUUGCCAUUCUUUCUUAUGUUAA